AUGUCGCAAGAUGAGUUAAAAAAGUUACACCAGCGCCUCAAAGAGGCAGAACGUCGCCUGGAGGAAGAACAACAACAACGGAAGGAAGAGCAGCGGCGACGAGAGGAAGAACAGCGACGACGAGAGGUAGCGGAACAGCAGAUCCAGAACACAACCCUACCCGAAUUUCUCAACGCGUGCCACGAACAUUUAUUUCUCAAUCUGAUUAUCCAGGAUAAAGACUCGUCAACAAAGGGUGAUCCGGCAAAUGCAGACCGCAAAUUCCGACCAGAUAGAAUUGAAGAAUGGACGAGCUUCCCACAAGAGCAGAUGGCCAUAUGGGACGACCUGAUGGACUCGGAUUUUGUGACCGAACGCCACUUUACACCGUUGCUGGCAGUGAGGGAAUCUGGGAAGGAAAUAAGGAAAAGAAUGCACGGUUCUGAACUCGACCUUGGGUACUUUCAGCGCCACACUGUGGAAUCGCGUGUAGCGUCUGUCAUCGAAGAGCUCUAUGCCAGCCCGCAACUACGGCGGAGAUUUCGCCUCAAUGGAGAUGUUACCUUUGAAAAUCAUUCGAAUACGCUGACAGAUGAAUCCAGAAUUGUGACAGAUAUGAGCUCCUUGAGUUUAGAACAGAGCAUGCCCCGUCGCUCUGAGCGCUUGGCUGCAAGGCGGUCUACGGAUACUUCAAGAUCAACUUCGCGGAACAGCCAACCGACAACGCAGCCACGACCUCCUCGGCCUCGAGCGGACCAGUUCUGCGUAUAUAAUCGCGGACCGGAGGAGAAAGAGCCAUCUUAUAUUCUCGAAUACAAGGCCCCACACAAGUUCUCUCUUGCCCACAUCAAAGCCGGAUUGCAGGACAUGGUACUGGAAGACGUCCUACGGUACCAGGAAGACGAAUCACCGGAAGACAUUUGCCGCCGUGUGGUCGCCGCAGUGAUCGCACAAGCCGCACAUUAUAUGUACGAAGGUGGACACGAGUACGGCUGCGUCUGCACUGGUGAAGCUUUCAUAUUUCUUCGAGUACCUGAUAACCCUUCUACUGUCCUAUAUUAUCUAUCAGUGCCGAAAGAAGACGUGGGCGACACCACUGGUUGGACUGGAGAUGAAAAUGGGGAUAAUCGGUUACAUCUGACCGCCGUCGGGCAGCUCUUAGCCUUUACCCUGCGAGCUUUGCGAACUUCUCCACGGGAUAUAAAUUGGAGAAACUGGGCGAUGAGUCGACUACAGACGUGGGAAAUGGUGUAUGAUGAUGUCCUGGAGGAAAUCGAGGAGAUGGACAUUCCCACUUCUGCCUACAAGCCGCCACCAAGCCGAACUCAAUAUUGCCGCGUGUCUCCCGUAAAGACCAGAGCCAAAUCUGCAAUGGCCAUGUUUUGUCAGCCGUUGCCAGAAUCGUCUUUGCUGCACCGUGACGACGACACUGAUGAUCACUGGGACCCGCAAACACCCAGUCGAAGACCACGUGACUCUCGAAUUUCUCCGCCUCAGGCAGGAACCGCAGCAUCUCAGGUUUCUAGAAGAACACAGCAUUUGACUUCUAAAGGCAAGUCUCGAAAAUACUGUUCUCAGCAGUGCCUUCACGGCUUAUGCUGGGGAGAGCCGCUCGAUCGAGAAUGUCCUAAUGCGAUCGAGCAUGGGGUCAACCGACAUCAACUAAACGCUAAGACGCUUAUCAAGCUAUUGGAUCAACAGCUUUCCAAUGACCCAGAUCCUAACGCGGAGCUUGGAUGCGAAUCUCUUCAUAUACAUGGCACACGCGGGGCUCUUUUUAAGAUCACUCUCUGGUCGCAUGGAUAUACUUUUGUUGGGAAAGGCGUACCAGUUGAAUUUGUUGAGUGUGCUAAGCGAGAAGAGAUGAUGUACUCUCGUCUCACAAGCAUUCAGGGAAAAUAUGUACCGGUAGUACUUGGAGGUCUCCAUAUUCGGCGGCCAUUUUCUUAUGAUGGGAUCGCCACGAUGGUUCAUUUAACUUUGAUGAGCUAUGCUGGAAGAACGCUGGCCAGCCAAGGCAAUCCCGAUCGCAUUCAGCUUGUGGAACAAGCCGAGCGAGCACUGUGUGCCAUUCACAGCUUGGGCGUCCUGCACAGCGACCCUAUCCCGGGGAAUAUGGUCUUGAAUGAAGAGGUCAUGUUUAUUGAUUUUGAGCGAGCCAAGUAUCAGAAUCCACGGCUGCCGCUGGGCUCUAUUUCCCCCAAUCACAAACGAAAGCGACAAGCCAGCGUUCGGGAUAAAAACCCUAGAAAGCGCCGCAACCCUUACGAGUGUGAAAUGUCACGUAUGAGAUCUGUACUACGAUAUUAA